AUGAUCAACGUCCUGCUGUUCAAGCUCUUCAUCAUCCUCGUCCUAGCAGCCCCCGGCCAAGCGCAAUACGGCCCCGGGGGCUACUGGAACGGCGCGGGCUACCCAGGCGGUCCUCAAGGAAGCGGCUUCCGCGGCGGGCCGGCCUUCGACGUCGACGAGGCGACUCGUGUGCGCGCCAUCCAUGGAGUUUUGGGCGCUAUCGCCAUGGUUGCGCUGUUCCCCGGCGGUAGCAUCCUAAUCCGACUUUUGCCCGGCAAGUUUGCAUUGUGGUGUCAUGCCAUUGCGCAGAUGAUUGCCUUGGCCGUGUUCGCCGCGGCGGUGGGGAUGGGGAUUAAGUUGGUGGAGAUUGUCAAGAUUCCGGUUCGGGAUGGAGGUAACGGGGAGGUUGUUAGGGAUGGGAGUAUAUUGGCCAACCCUAACAUCAACUACCACCCGAUCAUCGGCCUCAUCGUCUUCGCCUGCCUCGUAGUCCAACCUAUCCUCGGCAUCAUCCACCACCUCAAGUUCAAAAAACUCCGCCGCCGCCAGGCCUGGUCGUACCUGCAUCUCUUCAACGGACGCAUCUUCAUCAGCCUGGGCAUCGCCAACGGCGGAUUUGGGCUGUGGCUCGCGCGCGCUUCGGCCGCCGUCAAGCUGGCGUACAUCGCAACGGCGGCGACGGUGUGGACGCUGUGGAUGCUGUUCGCCCUGCGAGGGGAGAUGAAGCGGGCGAAGGAGAAGAGAGGUCGGAGCAGGGAAGGGUCAGAGAUGGAGAUGGGAUCGAGGGGGUUAUUUGGGAGGAAGAGGUUUAGUGGAAACUCGGCUUUCUAA